AUGUCGCAAGCUACCAGCAGCAAUGACGGCUCGGUCUCUCCAGAGCUCCGAGAGAAGAUGAAGGGGCUCGCGAAGGUCCUCUUUCCUCGGUGGUCCGAAGUUUGUGAUUUGACCUGGAAGAUUGGAGCCAUCCAAGAUGAGCGAGUUCGCCUCCUCAUGACAGAGGUAUAUCCUUGUCCGAUCUUUCGAGACAUUCGCUAA